GCUGGACGUCUCAUCUCUUGCUUUUGUCCUUCACAACGACAAGCAGAGGUGACUGCUGGAGGGUAAGCACUGCAGGUGUAAGAGGCACAAUCCCGUAUUCGUGCACUCGUCGUUGGCUUUUACGGUAAGUUGAAGCCCGUUUCUCCAUAUUAGUAUUACCUCAGGUUCCAUCUCUUGAUCACUGCUCUGCUUCUUCAUAGCCAUGGCAGGGUUUAGUCCCCCCUUUAUCCCUGGGAGUGUGCUCUCUACUCCAGAUACGAAUCCAACACCAACCUUGCCAGGAUCCCAGCUCUCCAUUAAUCCUACGAGCACAGGAUCCCCUUCUAGGAUGCCAUUCCUCGCAUUCAAGGUCAUAGAUGACAUGACGGCUUGCUCGUCUGCAGUCAUUGGAUGGGACACGACUGGCGGCCUUCACAAUCUCUCGUUGAUUGUGACCAACCAUUUAGUCAACCUGCCAACGACGUUGGCAGUCGAUCGCCGACAGACAAGCUCAGACUAUGUCCCUAUUUAUCUCACGUUGGGCACCUUUGCAGAUCCCGGGAUCUUAUCCUCAUACACCUGGUCCCCAGUAAAUGUUCCCGCAGGUCAAUACGUGGUAAGGGCCAUAGCAAGCGAGUUGCUAGUACCAGCAAGAUCCUCCGAGUUCACCGUGUCAAAUGGCACCGAUCUCUCCUGUUUGGGCGUCUCACCCCCAUCAUCUUCCCCUGUCACCACACCGAUAUCUUCUGCUCCAGCAGAGACCUUCGUUCCAGUUGGGGCUACAUCCUCAUCUGCAUCAAGUCAUGUUGCAGGGGCAAUCGCCGGAGGUGUCAUAGGCGGUGUUGUCCUUGUCGCAGCACUGAUUGGCCUAUGUCUCUUCCUCCGAUCCUCGAGGCGUUUCAAGCGCGCCGGUGGUGGAUCGUCGUCUAGUCGUGGUGGGCUUGGUAAAUGGAACGGGUUGUCUUCUCGAGACUCCAAUCUUGGUAGUACUCUGCCCACUACGACGGGAGAUCUGAAGACCCACAGGAAACAUGAGACUGUCGAGUCUGUCGGCGGCUUCAGUGUGGGUAGUAGACAUGGCCCCAUCGGCUCAGAGGAAGACUUAACGACACUGGCUGAGGAGAAAUCGAUCGCCUCCAAAGGUAGAUCAGUAGAGUACAUAGAAACAGUCUCACCGCUCGACGUUCGUCGAUUUUCUACAUCUAGCGUCCCUCCGAGUCCUCUCACAUCUACUCCGUCAAACCGUUCCAGAGCCAAGUCGACUAGUCAAAACCGUGCGAUGGCCCUCGCAAAAUUAGAUUCCAGUGGGAUGGAGCGUCAGGCGAGCGUGAGCAGUAACUAUGCUCGUAGGCCAUCUCUGGACGGCCAUGUGUUGUCAAUCACUGGGGAGGUACCUGUAUCCUCACCCACCAGCCCUUCCGCAGAGACAAUUCCCAUGAACAGGUCAUUCUCCGGCAACACCCGUCGCGCAACUCGCAAACCAGUACCUACCUACGAUUCCUUCGAAGUAGAUACGCCUAUUUCGCCUGCCAGCGGCACGAUCAGUCGCGAGGAUUCAAUGACCUCACACGGCAUUGUGAGUCGUCAGGACUCCGUCGCUUCGUCGCACGUACCGUACGGAGAUUCGAGGGCCAUGGCAAGCGGUUCUAGCCCCGCCUUGGGUUUGCGCUCGGGCGCAGUGUCGAGGGAGGACUUGGUUGCUGCUGGCCUGGGUUUGCCGAACUUGAACCAUAAGUCGAGCUUUGGCAGUGGUCAACCACUUCACUAUUUGAUCCCGGACAUGCCACCUCCUGCCCGGGAUUAGGUCGGGAAACGCUCUGUUACUGUAGAGUUUCGUCCGAUGCGUUCCUUUUUGUAAGUGGUCGUUCAGCUUCGCCUGCGGUACGAUGGUCGAUGAGCUAAUCGAAGCCAUUAAUAGAUUGCUACUAUCUACGCCUGUGGCUCUUGCUUCGUAUAUUUCAUCGCCCCCGUUUAUCCUUGGCCCUUACCCCUGAUGAUCGAAACGUGCUCCGUAGUGACAAGUUCGCUUCUCAUCCUUCAUCACCUCCGUCCCCGCUCCAUCCCCACAUCUCGUCAUCUCAUCGCUUUCUUGUUUAUGCCCUUUGUCACGCGCGUUUCAUCUGACGUUCUUUUGCUAUGAUCUACUGCCCUUGACCCUCGGACUCCUCACCUACCUGCAUGACAGGUGGUUUUAGGUAUCACUCUCACGUAUCUCUCUGCUCUUGGUUGUUCUCUUGCCUUGGAUUGUUGAUUUCUUUUGUAUUGCAAAUAUGUACUGUACUGUUGGUGUAGCAGGUCUUGAACGGAAUGUUGCUUAAUCUCGAACAAUAUACUUCCACUUUCGAAUCUUGUAUCUAUCUGAGUGGUGACCGGGUGGACGAUACACCGAUAUCCAGAAGGGGGGGAGGGGCGGGGCGGAACCGUUGGAUUCCACCAAUCUUACACCAAUCCCCGCCAGCACAUCGCGUGGACACCAGCGGCUGACGAAACCACCUCGUUCCCACAAAAGGGCGUUUGGACGUGUACUUGGUUCAAUUGUAUCAAGCGGAAGUACAUUUCCGUAGUGAAUGGUGCC